ACCAAAGGUCAAACUGUCGCCCAGGUGUACAACAAUGUCGGUGCUUUGGCCAAAUCUGUCUAUGAGAAAAUGUUCUUGUGGAUGGUCAUUCGCAUCAACCAGCAGCUGGACACGAAGCAAGCGCGACAGCACUUCAUUGGAGUACUGGACAUUGCCGGCUUUGAGAUCUUUGAUUUCAACACCCUGGAGCAGCUGUGCAUCAACUUCACCAAUGAGAAGCUGCAACAGUUCUUCAACCACCACAUGUUCGUCCUGGAGCAGGAGGAGUACAAGAAGGAAGGCAUUGAGUGGGCGUUCAUCGACUUUGGCAUGGACCUGGCCGCCUGCAUUGAGCUCAUUGAGAAGCCCAUGGGCAUCUUCUCCAUCCUGGAAGAGGAGUGCAUGUUCCCUAAGGCUACAGACACAUCCUUCAAAAACAAGCUCUAUGACCAGCAUCUGGGCAAGUGCAACAACUUCCAGAAGCCCAAGCCUACCAAGGGCAAGGCCGAGGCACACUUCGCACUGGUGCACUACGCCGGCACCGUGGACUACAACAUCAACGGCUGGCUGGAGAAGAACAAGGACCCACUGAACGACUCUGUGAUCCAGCUCUACCAGAAGGCCUCUGUGAAGCUCUUGUGUUUUCUCUAUGCCAGCCAUGGAGCUGAAGAGGGCGCUGGCAAGAAGGCCGGCAAGAAGAAGGGUGGCUCUUUCCAGACUGUGUCUGCACUCUUCAGGGAAAACUUGAACAAACUGAUGUCCAACCUGAGAAGCACCCACCCUCACUUUGUGCGCUGCCUCAUCCCCAAUGAGACCAAGACACCCGGUGUCAUGGAUCACCACCUGGUUAUUCAUCAGCUGAGGUGUAACGGGGUGCUGGAGGGCAUCAGAAUCUGCAGAAAGGGAUUCCCCAGCAGAAUCAUUUACGGGGACUUCAAACAACGUUACAAAGUCUUAAAUGCCAGUGCUAUCCCAGAGGGGCAAUUUAUUGACAGCAAGAAGGCUUCUGAGAAACUACUUGGCUCCAUUGAUAUUGAUCAUACUCAGUACAAAUUUGGACACACCAAGGUAUUCUUCAAAGCUGGUAUUCUGGGUGUUCUUGAAGAGAUGAGAGAUGAAAAAUUAGCUGAACUGAUCACAAAAACUCAGGCCAUGUGCAGAGGAUUUCUGAUGAGAGUAGAAUUCCAGAAGAUGAUGCAAAGGAGGGAGGCCGUCUUCACCAUUCAGUACAAUGUCCGCUCCUUCAUGAAUGUCAAACAUUGGUCAUGGAUGAAGCUGUUCUUCAAGAUUAAGCCCCUCCUGAAGAGCGCUGAGUCUGAGAAGGAGAUGGCCAACAUGAAGGAAGAGUUUGAGAAAACCAAAGAAAGUCUGGCUAAAUCCGAGGCCAGAAGGAAGGAACUGGAAGAAAAAAUGGUUGCUGUCAUGCAGGAAAAGAAUGACCUGCUGCUUCAAGUCCAGUCUGAAACAGAAAAUCUGUCGGAUGCUGAGGAAAGGUGUGAGCAGCUCAUCAAAAGCAAGAUUGGCCUGGAGGCUAAAAUUAAGGAAAUUACCGAAAGGCUGGAGGAUGAAGAAGAAUCCAACGCUGAGCUGACCGCCAAGAAGAGGAAACUCGAGGACGAGUGCUCC